AUGUCGAGUGGUGAGCCGAACAACGGCUCGGUGCCCCUCAUCCCUAUACAAAGCCGCCGCCAGUACUCUCGAGUGGGCUAUGACCUAGAGCACGACCCCGACGAUCACGACGACCGCGACCGCGACCAUCACCAGCACGACGCCUACCGCGACUCUGACAUGCGCCACCAGGUCGACACCUCAUAUCCAGGCCCUUCAUACACCCCAGACAUCAACAUGGCUCGCACACAUAUCGCUGCCCAGCUGCGGCCCCGGAAACGGUCAACCAGGUCUGCCAUCACCGUUGUAUCCUCAUAUGUCUUUGACUGGAUCAUCAUAUUCGUCGCAUUGGGCGUCGCCUACUAUAUGGGCAAUCACCCACCCAAUAAGCGUCCUUUCUUCCUCGAGGACCCAAAUAUUUCAUUCCCCUUUACAGAGCACGAGACAGUCCCACCAUGGCUGCUUGUCACGUGCAUGGGUGCCAUUCCCAUUGCCGUCGUCCUGAUCGUCUCCCUCAUCUUCGUACCCGGAAACACCGUGCCAAAGGGCACGCCCAAGUCCUUGAUCUGGAAGCGCAAGCUGUGGGAGCUCCACGUCGGCUGGCUGGGGCUCGCCUUGUCCCUGGCGUCGGCCUGGUUCAUCACCAACGGGAUGAAGAACCUCUUCGGCAAGCCGCGCCCUGACCUCCUGUCGCGCUGCAACCCAGACAUCGAGAACUUCACCAAGUACAUCGUGGGCGGCGAGAACGUCGCCGACGGGUUCCAGCGGCUCGUCUCGGCCGAAAUUUGCCGUGGCAUGGACAACAGGGACGAUGCGCAGGAGCUGCUGGAGGACGGGUUCCGGUCCUACCCGUCGGGCCACUCGAGCUCCGCCGCCGCGGGCCUGAUCUACCUGAGCCUGUUCAUCGCCAGCAAGUUCGCCAUCACGUUCCCCUUCCUCGCCCCCGCGCCGGCGGGCCAGGCCAACCCGGCGGCCACCUUCUCCGCCUUCCCCUCCCGCCACCCGGGCGCCCGGCGCCUACAGGCCACCCUCGAGCAGGAGUCCCUCCACGCGCAGACGCACGACCCGGCGGCGUCGGACCUCUUCGCCCGGCACAACAAGCGGCUGGCGUCGGUGCGGCAGCAGGCCGCGGCGCCGCCUCUGUACCUGCUGAUCUUCGCGUCGGCGCCCUUCUUCACGGCCAUCUUCAUCGCCAGCUCGCGGUGGUUCGACUUCCGGCACCACGGCUUCGACAUCCUGUUCGGCUUCCUCAUCGGGCUGGUCUGCGCCUUCUUCGCCUUCCGCUGGUACCACCUGCCCAUCUCGCAGGGCGCCGGCUGGGCCUGGGGGCCCCGCUGCAGCGACAAGGCCUUCUGGGCCGGCGUCGGCAGCUUCAGCUACGCCAUGGACUGGGAGGACCUCAGCCAGGAGGCCCCGCCCGUGGACGAGGAGGCCGCUCUGGGCGGUGUUGGCGACAAGGACCGCUCCAUGGCCAGCACGGGCAACGGCCUGCGCGGGGGCGAGGAUGGCGAGGAGGCGGCAAGGCGGCGUGCGCAAUAG